CGCGCGCGAUCUCGCCCCGUGUGUUGAUCCUCGUUCCCUAAAAGUGAAAAUCGACGACUUCGCAUCUCGUCUUCUCCGUUACCAAGUGAAAAUUAAGGAUACGACUAAUUUUCCUUCGUUGCUUUGUGUCUUCAUCCUCCAGCGGAAAUAAAUGUAGACUUGUGCGGGGUGACAUCGAAGAAUCAGCUGAUCGUUUCGGGCGCCGCGCGGUACCCAUCUUCCCAACCCGCCUUCCUCUCUCUCUCUCUCUCUCUCUCUCUCUCUCUCUCUCUUGGGCGCGCGCUCGCUCGCUCGCUCGCUCGCCUCUCGUUCCCCUCUUUCCACCCAUAGUAGCGCGUUCUCUCUCUCUCUCUCUCUCUCUCUCUCUCUCUCCGUUCCACCUGCACCCCCUGUACUAUAUCCCGAGAGAAAGCACGAGGAGAAAAGACGAACCACGCGGGUGGCCCACCGCGACGCGUUUGGUUUUCCCGCCAACGUGUCUCGCGAUAUCUAUCAGUGUUUGUUAAUACGAUUGAGAAAAAACGCGAGUUACACCGUAAGAAGAGGUAAAGGAGUGCGAAAUGAUUGUCGUUGGAGAAAAUUCGUGGAAAGGAAGAAUCGAUAGUUCGUUCGAGAAUAGUUUCGAUAUUUAUGUGUUUACGCGUGUGUUUACAUCGAACGCGAUAUGAUCCACGAAGAUACCCAAAAAAAAAAAUCGAUCGGUGAUCUCUCUUUCUCUGCUUCGAAUAUCGAGUAGCAGUCGCACUCGCGUCCUAUCGGCCCUAACGCGACACACGAUCGUUCGUCGAAUCACGUGACAGUGCUUUGGAUCUUGGUUUCUAUUGCCCUCGUAGAGUCGAUCGACUUUUCUUUGUCUCUUCUCCGAGCUCUUCGAAGAUCUUUGAAUUUGUCCGCGAGAAGAAAGACGUAAAGUAGCAUAGAAUUUCGUUCGAGUGCGGUUCUACGUUCGUAAAAACUAACCGUCCAGCGUGUACACGAGCAACGUAGAAAAAGUCCUUCGGAUAUGGAAGCCGUUAGAUCGAGAGGACAGAGGAUGUUCGUGGAAAUUCUCCGAUUAAAGAGGAUAAAAUGCAAUUGAUAAUCCGAUAACGAUUCGUAUUGGAUAGUACUGAACUAUCUUAAACGCGAGCAGUGUUCAAGAGCAGUGUCGCCUAUAUCCCGCGUAUCUCGUAAAAAAAAAAACAAGUGUCUGUGGUAUCGUGUCGAAAUCGGAAAAAAUUCGAAAACGGAAUAUCUGUUAUUAAUUCUGUAUCGGUUGUUGACGCGACAUUCGGUUGAGCCAACUUUCCAAAUUUACUUUGAAAUUUAUUCUUCGGGGAAGGGCAUCUUCUGCGAUGGUGUCGGACCGGCACACUUUUGCUCGUUUUCUUCGCAACGAGAACCAAUUCGAAAUAUCGAUCGUUUCCUUCGUGACGCUUUUCUGUCGAAAGUCAAAAUUUUGUCACGAGAUUAAAACGCACAGAUCUAACGAUCUGUGUCGGCUGGGGUCGAUUUUCAACGCGUAAAAUACGAUAGAAUAAUCGAAGAAAAAUUUGCCGGACGAGGAAUCAACGUACGCGCGAAUCGACGAAUUAUCGCACGGACGUUUGAUUCAACGUCCUCUCGUUGCGAUUGCUUUUACGUUGUCCCUAUCUGUUAUUUCUCAUUUUCUUACCUAUUUCAUCCGUCCUUACAUCCGUCCAUUACAAGCGCGUGUAUAUAAACAUGCCUAUAGAAAUACAUUGAAAGGCAUCGAUGGUAUCGCGUCGUUAAGUACCUAAAUACACUCAGGAGCGGGCCGCACCGAUCGCCGUAUUUAUAUUUCUUCGUCCAUCCUGUCGUACGACAUACGCGGGAAAAUCUUUCGCUGUAGUCCUUCGGAAUGUUUGCGCGAAAAAAAAAGGAACUCCCUUUUUCCCCCACGUAGAGAGCGUCGAAACGUUUGCGUUAUCGCGAUUCCUAUUCGCCGCUACCCUCGUAAUAUCAAAACUUCUUAUCGGAUGCGUCGCUCGAAUCGAUAUCCUCUCGAUCCAUAUCGGGCCCGAAUCGAAAUAAACCAUGGCGAUUCUUCGUUGAUCGUUUCAAUCGAUUUUUCUACGCGUUCUCUUGCGGCACGAGAUUUUAGGAAAAACAGUUUACAGUUUAUCGAAAUAUUAGAAAGCGUAAAUGUAUUAGACACGUACGCUUGACGGCAAUGCUUUUUCUCCCAUUUUCUUUCAUUUACUUCUUCUUCCUUUUCACUUUCGUCGCGAACUACUCGACUACCUAGGAGUAUCGAGAUUGAAGCGACAUGAUCCGAUAGUCGAAACGAAGAUACGUGUAAUUAUACUUCCCGGAGACGGUGGCAGAACGUACGCUAAACGCAGAAGAAGGAAAGCAAAAGAAGGAAGCAAAUACGGGGUGCUCGUUUACGUUUAGUUCGCGACCGCGGGGCGUACGUGGGUGGAUGGAAAAAGGAAACGAUCCUGUCAUCAGGAGGAACGAAGGAGAACGAGGCGGCGGGCCAGGGUGGCUCCGCUAACGGCAGGGAGGCCGUUGAGAAAAUGUCGAGCACCGCGGCGAGUCCCGAUGGGAUGGCUUUGCAGUCGCACUACUCCCUUCGAUGGAACAAUCAUCAAAAUCACAUAUUACAGUCCUUCGAGGCUCUUUUGCACGCGGAGAUACUCGUCGACGUGACGCUGGUUUGCGCCGAAACUAGUCUCAGGGCGCACAAGGUCGUUCUCAGUGCUUGCAGCCCCUUCUUCGAGAGAAUAUUUGCGGAGCAUCCGUGCAAGCAUCCGGUGAUCGUACUGAAGGAUUUCCCCGGUCACGAAGUCGCGGCAUUAAUCGACUUUAUGUAUCGCGGGGAAGUGCGAGUCGGUCGAGAAGAAUUGGCAGGAUUGAUGAGAGCGGCGGAGAGUCUGCAGGUGCGAGGACUGGCGUCGUCGGAACCGAGGCCGGCAUCACCACCGGAUACACCAACGGCCGAUCUACUCCUCGGCGAGCCAUCGACGCCCGAGGAAACUAGACAGGACACUCAGGAAGACGAUGACAAUACGUCGGAGAUAGCGGCGGCAGCGGCCGCGGCCGCGGCAGCGACAGCAGCGGCGGCAGCGGCCGCGGCACGGGCAUCGAUGAGAGAAACGAUCGCGACGCCUAUAAGAACGCUCUUUCACCCUGCGAGGGACCAUCGCGACAGAUUACCGCACAUGGCUCAUCUGAGCUUCGGUCUACGGGAGCUAAGGGAAGCCUGUAGUUCCCCUCUUAUGCCGCGUCGGAAGCAGGCGCGACCACGUCGGAGAUCCGGGGAAUUGGUACCGCAAGACUUGAGCAGGCCGCAUCCACCGGCGAGCCUGAGCCCACCGUUUUCCUCUUUGAAUCUGACCAGUAAUCAGCAACAAAACCAACACUAUCAAAGUCAGCAUCAGAGUCAACACCAUUCACAGGCAUCGUCGAACGCUACGAAUCAACAUCAGCAGCAACAACAACAGCAGCAGCAGCAGCAGCAGCAGCAGCAGCAGCAACAACAACAGCAGCAGCAGGAGGAAAUGGCGGAGAAUUUGUCGAUAAAGAGAACAGUCUCGCCGGUUACCCAAGAGCAGCAUCAACAGCAACAUCACAACCAGCAAUUGCAUCAAGUAAAGACCGAAAGUAGCGAGGCAGCGAGUAGUCCGCGAGGAUCUCCCCUUACAGGCACGAGUCUCCUCCAUCCCGAUGGGUCUCUCCAAGACAUCCCGUCGACGGCAGCGGCUGCCGUCGUCAGUAUACCUGGAAUCACGGCGUUAUCGUUGACACCGCCGCAUCAUCACAGCGAGUACCUGACGAGUUUGGGUCAACUAGCGGCUCAAUGGCUUCCUCAGAAUCAUCCGCAAAGUCAACUACCACCGCCGCCAACGCAAACUCAUCAUUCGCGGGACGAUAGUCCUCUCGGAACCGCUAGAAGCACGCACGCCUAUCAGCAACAACAACAACAACAGCAGCAGCAGCAACAACAACAGCAGCAGCAACAGCAGCAACAACAAGAAUCAUCGCUUACGUCACGACGCGGCUCGAUCGCGGCGAUGUUUCCUCUCGACAGCGUUGCGUCUCUGAGCGGUGGACUCUUUCCUCACGGUACCGGCAUCGACAGGGGAUCCCUUUUGGCGGAUCUCCACGAAAGUUUCAAACCGGAACAGUUACACGGAUUGUUCGGACCGACCACCUUGACGGCUCAUCCGUCCGGUAAGAAGAAAAAGCACAGGACCGAGGGCGACGCACCGAGAAGGUGGUCGGAUCAAGGAGGACGUGGUUUGCCGGUUGGAAGACCAAAGGGUCAACACAGCGCACCCCGGGGCGGCCCACCGAGAUCUUGGACGAACGCCGAACUGACCGAAGCGCUGCAACACGUGUGGAAUAAGAAGAUGACGACGUCUCAAGCGAGUCGAAUAUUCGGCAUACCGUACAACAGUUUGUUGAUGUACGUGCGCGGUAAAUACGGAAAGAGCUUGAAGUUGGAACAAUUGAGAAGAGAUUGCACCGGCGCGACCACCGGCGACGUAGUCAUGAAUUCUUUGAACAACAACGUCAAAGCCGUUCAACAACCACCGGCGCAGCUUAGCCAUCCUCUCGCCGGUCUUCCACCUCAUCCGGCCGACGACAGUGGCUUUCCUCAUCACUCGCUCCUCGGUACGAACCUAUCCCAAAGUUUUUUCCCGGAUUUUACCACCUCUCCGUUCCCCGUGCCAGUUAACAUGAUACAUCUUUUAACCCCGAGCGAACAAAAAGCUUUCGAACCUCCUCCGAAUCCCGGAGGUAGUAGCAGCAAUGCCAGCGGAAGCAGCAGCGGCGGUACCGGAAGCGCCGGUACCACUGGAAAUGGUACCACCGCGGGAACUUCUGGUAGCGCAGCGGCUGCUGCCGCCGCGGCCGCUGCUGCCGCCGCCGCCGUCGCCGCGGCUUCGACCGCUCCGGAACACGGAUCGUCUCACAGUAGUCGGACGCCCUCGCCGGUAGACCAUCAUCACCAUCGUCACCGUCAUCACCACCAUCAUCAUUAUCAUCACGAGUCGUUGCAACCGCAGCCUUCGCAGUCGGCACCGGCGUUGCUUCAACAAAAUGGCUCGGACUAGUUGAGAUGAACGGACGAGGAAAAGGGAGGGGACGGAGAAAGACAGAGAGAGAGAGAGAGAGAGAGGGAUAGAGCGCGCGCGCGCGGGCGAACGAGCGAGCGGAAGGAAGGAAGGAAAACGCUGAAAAAGACUGGACACAUACUUUAUAUCGAUCGUAAUUGUUAUCUUCCUUUAAGAAUCACGGACGUUUGAUCAUCCGAGAAAGCAUUUCGAUGCCCUUCCUUCGCACAUUCGUUGCCUCGUUCUUCAAAAUAUCUACGUUUUCGCGCGGUAUAUAUUUAUACGUAUAAACAUCCGAGUUUAUCCGACAAAAGUUUUAUCUUCCGCAAGACUGAAUGGACCGACCAAUGCUCGCGAUCCCCCGAAUCGAUUUGAUUCGACGAACAUUAGUUCUCCCUGCUCGAAUCAUAUUCUAGUUUCUCGUAUCUUUUACAUCGGCCAUCUCAGCCCGUUCUUUCGACCCGUUUAAACUCCAUAUCUACGUUUUCCUUUCCUAAAUUAAACUAGAUUAGCAUAUCGGACAUGACGAUUCAAUUGAUCGAUCAUGAUAAUCGCAAGGAAAGGUCGACGAAAAGCUUUUUUCGACUAAAUUGCUACGCGAAACGAAGUGCCGAUGUUUUCACCCAUCUCGGUUUCUCUAGAAAAAAUUAUCGAUAUCGGUAUUGCUAAAACAAUAGGUUUUCUUCGCUUUUGCGUCCGCUGCUCCAAUGAAACAUCCAUACGAUAAACGAUCGAGGAUCGGGACAAAAAUCGACAAUUAACAUCAAGUGACAAUUACCCAACUUACGUAUUCUUUUAACGAGCAUAGCGUUCGGUGUAACGAACAGGCACACAGAUAUCGAUAUACUCUUUGAUACGGUCAUUCCUUUUGUAUCUAGUUUUUGCGUUAUCAAUCGUUAUUAUUCCAUUUAAAUCGACUCAAAAAUGUUAUCAUUUUGUUGUUCUAUCGCGAUAAACGUUCCACAGAAAAUUCGAUUUGAGCGGUUUAAGAUCGAUCAAGGCGUCGUUCGGGAAGUAAGUUCGACGAAGGGAAGAGAAAAGAUGCGUAACUCGCGACUCUUCUCCCGCUGAUACGAUGUAGAAAGAGAAAAUUUUACGUGGGCGUAAGAAACGCCAAGCUCAUUUUUCGAAUGGUACGAAUUUCGAAAGAAACGACGAAUUUUAAUCGUAGACCACAAUCUCGCAACAAUAUUUCGACAACCAGACGGAAGCGCAGGGUAACUAACACAUCAGGGAUAGCCACUGACAAAUCUACGAUAGAUAAAAAAGAAGCUACAUAUUAAAGUGUAAAGGUUAAAAAUAAUUACAUAAAGCUAUAAUACAUACGAUUAUUUCAUUAAAGUACUAAAGAAAGGGAAAUACACAAAAAUUGCUCGAGAGCGACAGAAAGGAAUGAUAAAAAUUCGUUACGUCAAACCUUGCUACGCGAAGCGAGGGCAUGAUGCAUAUAUUAUUAAAAAAAAAAAACCAAAAAAAAAAAAGAAAUAUCUUAAGUAGAAAGGUAAUAAGGAAGGAAAUAUAUUCGAGUACGACAAGAAGGUUCGAAUAAAUACAAUUAGAGACCACAGGCUAUCAGCUCCAAAUAGUCUGUACAUGACAAACUGAUAUUAUUAUUGAUUAUUAAUGAUAUAUAUAUUAUAUAUAUAUAUAUAUACAUAUAUAUACAUAUAUAUACAUAUAUAUACAUAUAUAUAUAUAUAUAUAUAUAUAUACACAGGGUGUGUCAAAAGAGAUUACAACUAGUUCGACGAUCUGUACCGCCGGUUCGAUAUGUUGCAUCUACAUAUUUUCCAGCAUCGUAAUUUCUAUAUACGUGUUAUAGUUUAACGAGUCGUCGUCGAAUGCUUCGCGAUUGAUAGUAUCCUUUAUCUAUUUGGAUGCAAACUUUGUUACUCCUGUGCGAAUUUGACUUCUUCCAACGACAGUUUAACAAACUUUCUUCCCCUUUUUUGAUACAGCGAACCAUGACGGUACAGUCUCGACGAAAAUGGUUUUAACAAUUUUUUAUUCACUCUGUUAAUAAAAAAGACACUCAACGGGCUGGUAAGAGCGAGCAGAUAGAAGGGGGAAAGAGCGAGAGAAUAAGAGCGAAUGUGUGUCUGUGUGAGGGAGAAAGACAGAGAGAGAGAGAGCGAGCUAGUGAGU